AGAAGGAUCCUGGCACCUUCAACCUCAGAAACAUCUUCAGAAAUGGAUGGGACCUGGGUCUACCUGGUGACAGGAGGAUGUGGGUUUAUCGGGGAGAAGAUCGUAGAGCUCCUGUCUGAACAAGACUACAUCAAAGAAGUCAGAGUUUUUGAUUCAGUAGCAAAAGGAGAAGUAGAAUAUCUCACCACAGCCACCACUCGUGUGACAGCGGUGAAAGGAGACGUGCGGGACUACGAGGGGCUCCUGGCUGCCAUGCAGGGGGUGCACGUGGUGAUCCACACGGCUGCCCUCGUGGACUACAGAGGCACAGUGCCCUUCUGGGAGAUGAGAGCCGUCAAUGUGGGGGGUACUGAAAAUGUGUUGAGGGCCUGCCGUGCCCUGGACGUUCCAUACCUUGUCCACACGAGCUCCGUUGCCGCGGUGGGACCCAACACCUCGUGUGAGCCCAUGUUCAGAGGAAAUGAGGACACUGAGUACAGCGGGGAAGUGGAGCUGCCCUAUGGGAAGACAAAAGCCAUGGCAGAAAAACUAGUACUUGAAGCCAACGGAAAAAAGCUGAGCCAUGGUGGUAAGCUCACCACCUGCAUCAUCCGAGCCAACACCGUGUAUGGGGAGAAGGCAGCGUUUCUCCAGGAGCUCUACCGGGGGGCCAAGGCCAGGAAGGGUGUCCUGAACUUCCUGGAGCCUGAGGACUCGGAGCGGAAUCACACCUACGUGGGGAACGUUGCAUGGAUGCAUGUCCUUGCAGCAAGGAACUUGCAGCUGAAACCAGGCUUACUGGCAGGACAAGUGUACUAUUCCUAUGAUGACACUCCAACCAGGAAAGGUUUCCUGGUCAGGCACCAGCUGCUGUCCACUGCAGACCCCUCGGUGAGACUGGGCUCCCACAUCCCCUACUGGAAGAUGUGGUUAAUGAUACAACUGCACAAGAUAAUCAGGGUCAUCUUGUUGCCCUUCUGGAAGCCACAGCCUUUCCUAAACCUGCCUUUGCUGAACACAAUAGUCACCACCUUCUCCUACGAGACAGACAAAGCCUCCAGGCACUUCGGGUACAAACCCCUGUUCACCUGGAACGAGAGCAGGCACAGAACUGCCCAGUGGCUGAGAGCAGCUGUGGGGAACCUGGAACCCCCCCAGCUUCCCGGGAAGAAGAACUGAACCCCACUUUUGGGGUGAGGAGAUCGCUCAUCGCACCGGCAGGUUCCACCUGAGCUUCGCAGCACGUGCAGAUCUCUGGCAGGGACUUUGCAAACACUAAUCCUGGUGCUGAGACAGAGAAGGAGCAAAACUCUGAGGCUGCAAAUACAUACACCUGUCAUGCCAAAAUCUCAGCUAUUUUGUGUUGUCCUGUGAAACACCGGGGUGCAUUCGAAAGCUUCCUCUCUUGCAGCCACGUGGGCCUCAGUCACUGCCAUGGUGCCACCACUGCAUGGGGUCACUCCUGGGAACAGGACAGACAGGCUCAGGUGAGAAAGGGUGCUCAAAAACCACCUUUUUCAUGAAAUUAGUUAACCAGUUUUGUUCCACAGCCUAAGAAGCCAUGGCCUCAGACAACUGGUGGGAUGUCUGUACUGGCUCAUACACUAAAGGGUAUUCUUUUGUAUAAAAAGCAGACUUUUUUGUAUGAAAAGUGAUACUUUUGGGGAAGAUGAGGAAAACCCAGCAAGUUCUUGUUCUGCUUUAGGGUUUAAUAAACAGAAAAAAAAAAAAAUCAACCUCUUUUCCAGAACUACCUUUUGCAAGAUGCUUCCUGUUAUUUUUGACACGUAGAAUAUUACAUCUGUUUAGAAAUAUUACCCCUCUAAAAAGAAACCUCCAACCUCUUGUGCUAACAAUGUAUAGGCUUAAUUCCUAAUUGCAUGGCCGGAGAACUGAUGUCUACAAGCUCAAAGGUGGGGCUCAUAUAUUUUUAAGUCUGUCACAGCACUCCAGCAGCAAAGCAAAGCAGAUUAAAGCCCACGUUCAGCUGCUGUGCUGGCAAACAGCAACUUCAAGUGAAGGCCUGAGGGGCUGCAUUUAUGAUAAAUAACGUUUGAACUUCAGGAGGGAGAGGUCACUUCAGCUCAUUCCGUGGCACUGCAGCUACACAGUCCAUCUGGGAGCAGCGUUUCACAGAUGAUAUUUUCCUCACACAGAUGGGGACAGGCACUUCCAGAAAAUUCACAACAAAACUGUGGUUUCUAUCAGUUUAUCGGCUUCUCUAUUUUUAAGACAUACGGAGGGGCUGCUAAAUCUACAUUAUGCACAGCUGAGAUUUCAGUUUUCACUCGAGCUUGGAGGAAUGGGGCAUUUUUACAAUGCUGGUUCAAAUCUAAAAUUAACUCUGUUGGUAUCACACUUCUGUGUUCUUGAAUACAUACCCAUCUCAAGUGUUCCUAGAGUAAAAGUGUGCACAUGCACAAAUCAAAGCUUAUUUUAAUUACGAGCACCCCAAUAAUCCUGGAAAAAGCAAGUUUCAGCAUGGCGUCCUUGACAGAAAUUAUCAAAAUUUGCUUCCUGUUAGUCCCUGUAAUUACCCAGGAAGGAAAGUGGAGCAAUCCAGCGUGAGCUGCCAAGUUGCAUUUGCUGAAACUCACUCUCACAUUCACUCUUUUUCAAAACGAGCUUGCAAAUCAGAAAUCAGUCGCUCUGGUAAUUCAUUACUAACUUUAUAUAACAAAUAAAUUCGGGCAAAACUGUUGCAGUCUGCUCACAGGGAAUUUGAAAGGUUGAAGUGUGUAAGUGAGCAGCUCCCUACUGGUUUUUCCCCCCUACCAUUUGUGAUUGGGGGG